AUGGCGAUAAGGCCAGUGGCGGUCAUGCCGAAAUUCGGCCACAUGACGGGAAAAGAAAAUUUAGAAGCAUAUCCACUUCACAAAGCCGCGUUUUUCAAUGACACGCAAACUAUUUUACAGUUAUUAAGAAAUGGUAAGGUAAUUUUUUAAAGGCUUCAUGUAUUUUUUCGUGUUUUUGCAGGAAGAAGGAGCAUCUCUGAGAAAGAUAUGCAUGGAAACACGGCGCUUCACAUUGCCACGAUGUUGGGUCAUCGAGGUUUUUUCUUGGGAAUAGGGAAAUGAACUAAUUAUUUAUUUAGAAGCGACAGCAUUGUUACUAGCCAAUAAUGCACCAGUUAGAACGAAAAAUGUGGAUGGCUGGAAUCCAUUAAUGGAGGCGAUUAGUUAUGGGGAUCGGCAAAUCAGUGAGUUUUUCAUCUAUUUCAAAACUAAAGUAGUAUUUUUAGUAACCGAGAUGCUUCGAAAACUGAAGUCCCAAACCCGGGAACACCUCUCGCAACGGAAACCGCACCUUUUGAAGGUUUUCAAGGAACUCGGCGACUUUUAUUUGGAAGUCAAAUGGGAUUUCCAAUCUUGGAGUUCGUUUUUCGUUCGUUUUUUUAAAAGUUUCGGUUUUAUUUGUUUUUUCCUCCUAACGAAAUUUCUCACAGUUCAGUUUUUCUUGGUUUUUGUUUGCCAAGUGUCAAUUUUAAACCUAUCUAUUUAUUUUUUUCAGCUUUCGAACAAAUAAUAGGUUCAAGGCAUGGUUUUGAGUAGAUUUUUGCGCAAAAAACGGAAAAAAAAGCGUAUUUUGAAGGUUUUUUCAUUUUUGAGUAUAAUAUUCAGGUAAUAAGUAGAGUUUCCAACGGCGGUUUUCGAAAUCAUACAUGAGAAGGUAGAGAAUUCAAAUUUUAUUGAAUAUAGUCUCAAUAAUCCUUAAUAAAAAUAUAUGAAGAAGAAAAAUCGAUAAAGAAGGCCCUAAAUAACCGUUCUGAAAGGCCUUUUUUUGUUGUUUUAAUAUUAUGAAGUCGAGAAAAUGUUUUUGGAAAAAAAUUAAAGUUCAGUUCAGUAAAAAGGAUAAAUCAGAAUAUUUUUGUGGUUUUUUGUUUGCAGAAAAAGUGCGUCAAUUAGUUGAAAAUUUCAAUUUUUUUCCUAUCAAAAAGUAAUCUAUAUCUUUUUUUCUCACUGGAUAAAUUAAUUUUAAUCAGAAUCAGAAAUUGAUUACGCUUUAAAAUUCGGCCGCUUUUUCAUGAUGCCGAUUUUUUCAAGUUUUCAAAUUUGAAAAGGUUUUUUCGGGCUUUAUUAAUAUGUUAACUGUUUCAAAAUGCGUAUUUAUUCAAAUUUCAACAAUUUUCGAAGUCAGUUUUCAAAAUUCCUAUAGUCGAUUCUCGGCCAACUUCUUUCCAUAGGUGGCUCAAGCAAAAAGGCUUGCCCUGUCUGCGCUCUCCACCAGCCAGGCACUAUCUUUUCUUUUAUCGUGUCAGGACCCAUUUUUCGAUGUCUCAAGUUAGCAAAAAAUCAGCUAUUUCGUCACCAGCGCUAAUUAUAUGAUGCGCAGAGAGCUUCAUAUAAAUAGCCAUAUAGUAUAUAAAUCGGAAUAUCCAAGCGAUGGCACCUAUGGAAAAAAGAACACCUGUCUCUGAUUUUGGAUAGCUGCCAAGCAGUAAAUUAUAGGCUUAGCGGCCUUUUUGGCACCGUUUAUGAGUUUUCAUAUAGCUGGUUUUUUUCAAAUAAUAUUUUAUUGGAUAGGUUUUGGAGUCAUUUUAGAAGUGUUAGGGCUCCAUUUGAACUUUUUUUCCUAAAACCGAUAAAAUUGAUAUAUUUAUGGAGUACUGAAGGACAUUUCAUUUUGUGGUUGGGACUUUCCUAAAAAUUGGCCAGAACACUUCUUAAUGUACCAGAAAAAAAAUCCAGAAAGUCUCAACCUGCAAAACUUCCUAUUUUCUGAAAAAUUACACCUAGAAGUCAAAGAAAACUCUUAAAAUCCGUCAAAUUUGCCAUUUUUGGAGCUCUAGACCCUAUUUCUCCUACUAUGAGAAGUUGAAAAGGCCAUCAAAUAUCUUAAAAGCUAAUUUUUCAGUCAUGUGUUGAACUUUUGAUUUUUUAAAUCUUCAAAACCUAAUUUAACUAGAAAAUUUGUGAGAGGAUCAUUUUAUACAACUUGAGAGAAUUAGACGAUAAGUUACUGUAGUGCUGAAUUUUCUUCCACUUUAAUUUCUUGUUGAAACGUAUUUCAUCCAGGUUUCAAGAGAGAUGUGAAUAAGGGAGGUAAUUUUAUUUUGCAACUGGGAAUUCCCUGAAACUUUGCCGAAGGACUUCUUGAUGGACCUGUAAAAGAUUCAGUAAGUCUCAACUUGCAAAAAUUCCUAGUUUCUGAAAAAGUACACCUUAAUAUCAAUGAAAACCUUUAAAAAUCCUUUCAAAUACACCAUUUUUUUAGACUUUAAGCUUUGGUUUUUUUCUCAAAAGAAUUAGACAACAAGUUAUUAGAGUGACGGAUUUCUUUCAAGUUUGAAUUCUAGUUGAAACGUAUUUCAUUCAGUUUUCAAUGGGGAAAGGGAGGUUAUUCCAUUUUCUCUGAAAAUUGUCUAGAACACUUCUUGAUGUACCAGAAAAUGAUCUAGAAAGUCUUAAGUUUCAAAAUUUUUUAUUUUUGAAAAAAUGAGGGUUCAAAGCCCCAAAAAGGUCUAUUUUAACGCAUUUUGAGUCGUUUCUCAAAAAUUAGGAAGUUUUUCCGGUUGAGACUUUCAGAGCCUUUUUCUGGUACAUCAAGGGUUCAUCUGGCCGAAUCCCAGGGAAUUCCCAACCGAAAAGUAAAAUGACUUCCCUGUAGGAAACAGUUGCUGUAUGAGCAGGAAAAAGAAGCAAGAACUGGGAAAGUUUUUAGUGGCCACUAUAGAGGCAAAGAAUACUUGGAGAGGACACUAAGAACACCUCUAUAGAAUCCCCUGUUUCGUCUUAGUGACCACUAUAGUAAUUUUCAAUGGUCCACUUUGACUUCUAAAAAGAUCAAUAAAUUUUAGUCACUACUUCGAUCACUAUAGUAGCCACUAAAAUUUCAAAUUCCUAAAGAGGUCACUAUAAAUUUUCCCAGCUCAUCCAGUAACUCUGAUAGCUUUAAAACAAACAGAUUUGACCAGUUAUGUUGAUCCAUUGACCCCUAAAGUGGCCACUAAAAUUUUUAGUGGUCUAGUAGUAGCACUUAGACCUCUAUAGGGGCCACUAAUUUAUAACCCCUUAAGUGGCCACUAACUUGGCUGCUAUAGUAGCCACUAAAACGUCAAAACCCUAUAGUGGCCACUAAAAAUUCUCCCACAAACUACAGAAAAACAAUUUUCUACACUUUUCAUGACGAAAUUCCUUUCAGUCCCUCUCCUAUCCCGAAUACUUCCCUCGGAUGUCUGCCUGAUUUACAAAAAAGGGACAAAACUUCGGAUGGACACGACUUUGGCCGAUUUCGGAGAGAGGAACUGGGAACGCGGCGAUAUUACUUUUCUAUAUGAUGCUGAUGGCCCCCGGGGCAAUCAGUUUAUCAUUAUGGAUAACAAAACAAAGGUUUUAACAGUAUUUAAAAAAAAAUAAUGAAGUUUUAGGUGUUCCAACGCGGCCGCAAUGAAGAAUCUGAAAUGGAGGUCGAUGAGGAGGUGACUUUUUUAAGUUAAAAAAAUAUUUUUUUAGGAAGAAAUGAGUUUUUUUCGCCUUUUUCAUUAGGGAUAAUAUUGACUUUUUUUCAGGUAUAUAUGAAGUUUCAGAAUGUAGGAUUAAAUUUCACUUUUUUUAUAAUAAAUAUAAAACUUGAAAAUAUAUUAUUUUCAAUGGUAAAAUGUUAUGAAAAGCUAAUUUUUUUAUAGAAAAAAAGGGAAAAUAAAUAGCAUUUUAGUAGAUUUUUCUUACUUCAGAACCAAUAUAAAGCCUUGAAAAAUAUCAUUUUCAAAUGUCAAACAGUUAUGAAAAAAACUAAUUUUUUUAUAGAAUAAAAGGGAAAAAUAUGAAAAAAAAACUUCAAAAUCAGUAUAAAGCCUGAAAAAAAUAACAUUUUCAAUGGUGAAAGGUAAGGAAAAGCUAAUACUUAUAGAAAAAAAUAGUUUUUUUACUUUUUAUGAUCUAUGUGAAUCACUUUUUAAAAUAGGAAAUGAUUUUUUUGCCGUUUCUAAAGUUGAAAAUAAGCUUUGAAAAGAUUGGAAUAGUUUGUUACGAUGAAAAUAAAAAAAGCAAAAAAAUGAGCUUCGCCCUUAUCAGCAUUUUUUUGGAAUUUUAAAAUUAAAAAAAUUCAUAAAAAGUUUUCGUUAUUAAAAUAGAAGGUUUUGAAUAACUGAAAUAGGUUUUUUUGAACGAGAGUUCUAUAGCUUGUUAAAGGUGGAAAUAAUAUUUUUUAUUGGAAAAUAUCUUUUUUGGGCUGUAAAAAGUACGGCUCAUUGUGUUUUUUUGAUCAUUUUUUUGAAUCGAAAUUUGUUUUUUUCGGUGAGAUCUCUCUACGUACUUUUUCAUGAAAAAUGUCUCUGAAAUAUGAUUUUUUUGAGGUAAGCAUAACUUUUUUCCACCUAAAAUGAGGCUUGACUCAAGUUCUUUCUAUAAUUUUCUUGGAAUUAUUUUAUAAUUUUCACUUUCAUUAAUUUUAUUCUCAAAUUUUCUAUUUUUUGAUGAUUUUUCAAUUCAAAAUUUGUUUUUUGAUGAGAAUUCACUACGUACUUUCCAUUGAAAUGUCCCUAGAAUACGUUUUUUAAAAGAUAAGCUUGAUUUUUCAUCUCUGAAAAUGAAAUUCAACUCGAGAUUUUUUUUAUGAUUUUUCUGGAACAAAUACAAUAAUUCUCAGCUGUAUAGGUUUUAUUUCCGAAUUUUCAAUUUUUUGAUCAUUUACUAGUUUAAACUUUGUGUCUCUUCGAAAAAAAUACCUACGUACUUUUAAAAGAUGAUCUCAAAAAUCAUAUUUCAAUAGAUCGAAAGUCUAUUGAAAUAUGAUUUUUUUGAGGUAAUCAUGACUUUUUUCCAUUAAAAAAAUGAAGCUUCACUGGAGUUCUUUUCUAUAAAUUAUUCGAAAAAAAUUUAGUAAUUUUUCAGCUUUACAAGUUUUUUUCUUCCGAAAUUCUAACUUUUUCGACAAUUUCUUAGUUCGGAGUUUGUUUUUACGAUGUGAAACCUCUACGUUAUUUUCAUUGGAAUGUUAAAAAAUGACGAUUUUUCGAGAUAAGUAUGAUUUUUUACCAUUAAGAAUAAAGCAUUUGACUCGAGUUCUGUCUAUAAUUUCAUAAUUUUCAGCUUUAUUAGUUUUUUUUUCGCAAUAUUUUAUUAUUUUUAGGUCGACGUCCUUAUGUCGACGGACAUUGUGAACGCCAGGAUGUCAACGAAAACUAUCAGUUUUCAACCGGCCUAUUCUGGAUGGGUCUUCAAACACGCUAGAGAGGUUUGAAAUCAUCCUUGGGGCCUUAAAAAUGCAUUUAAUGUCUUUUUAGGCUUUUGGGAACAAAAUUCUAGACAAAAUGGCUUCAAAAACGCUUGAAAGAUGUUGAAAAAUGAUACGAAAACCAUUUUUUGAUGAAUUUUUCAUUUUGAAGAUCAUUUCAUGCUUUUUUAUAAUGCCCUAAUCAAUGUAACUAUCUUGCGAAAUUCAAAUUUGUCUCUGACUCUCUAAAAUUUAGUUAUCUUUUUCACUCUCUGACGGCUAACUUGAACUUUGCAAAUCGCUUUGAACACGGUAUAAGUUUUGACCUUCAAGAUCAAUUUUUUGGCUUCCCUCAGAGUUUUAAAAGUCAAAAACAGCUACUUUUUGUAGGAUAGGAAGUGUUCCAAGGCUUCUCGUGACCUAUGUCGGGGAUUUAAUAAAAUCUCAUCUGGGAUUUGAAAAAAUGAAUGGCUUUUAUAAGCUUUUUCCAAGUUUUUUUCUUUGAAGAUCGAAAAUCAAUCAAAAUUUAAGUUAGAAAAAGUAAUUUUUGAGUUUUCCAAUAUUGUUUUUGGCAUUUCAGGAACUAUUUUCAUUUUUUGAAGGCUUUUUCAGCUUUUAAAAUGUGCAAAAUAGUGAUUCCAGGUCGAAAAUCUUAAAUCAAUUAUUGGGAAGGUAAAGAUCCAGAGUAGGCUAGGGGGAACUCUAGUGGCCACUUGAGAGGCUCCUCAAGGACUACUUGGAAAGGAUACUAAAGUGGCCACUAAACCUACCUCUACAGUGGCCACUUCAGUAGUUUUUCAUUCAGUAUUCCUUCCAGUAACUCUGAUAAUUUUAAAACAAACAGAUUGGAUCAGUUAUGUUGAUCCAUUGACCCCUAAAGUGGCCACUAAAAUUUUUAGUGGUCUAGUAAUAGCCCUUAGACUUCUAUAGUGGCCACUAAUUUGACUACUAUAGUGACCACUAAAACUUCAAAACCCUAUAGUUCUCGCUAAAAAUUUUCCUAGCUUAUCGAUUUUCGAAAAUUCUCCCUACUUAAGGAGCAACUUGGCGACUAUCCGGUCACAUUUUUCACGGUCGACGGGAUGAAACUAACGACGAGGAAAAGAAGGGAACAUUUGUCGAAUGAAGACGUCAAAAAGAACAAAUCCAUGUUGACGAGCCUCGCCACGGGAUCCAUGGUCGGCGACGACGAGUUCAUCGUUCGUUUUCUAUCAAUUUUUGAGGAGAAUCGGCCCAAAAAAGGAUUUUUUUUUUUUUAGUUUAGGCUAG